GGGGAAGUAUGCCAAACGGAAGAGCCGCUUCAAACGCUCGGACGGAAGCACCUCCUCCGACACCACCUCCAACAGCUUCGUGCGGCAAUCAGCUCUGAGCUCAGUUGGUCUCUCACGCAGUGCAGGAAGAAAGCCGGCAAUUUAAGGAACAAGAACAGUAGUGAUAAUCCUGCCCCCUGCCCUGCGGCACCCCGAUAAUGAGCUACAAUCCAGCGGGGGGCUUUCAGACUAACCGGUCCAGGAGGACUCCUCCAGGAUGAUGCUGCGAUCAAGUGUUUGAAGUUCUUUCUGAACGUAGCGGGGCUGCUUCAGAGACUGGGGGCUGAUCAAUUCAACAUCUCUCUCCUUUUCCCUCAUGAUCGUACUCUCCUUCUCCAUUUCUCUCUCUCCCCCCAUUCACUCCCUCACUCUCUCUUUCUCUCUCUCUUUCUAUCUCUCUCCCUCAAAACCACAGUGAAUUCCAGACUCCACAGGUCAUUACAUCCUCAGCACUCAUCACUCAAUGUGAAUCCUGUCUCAGACUGAAGUGUGUUUAAAAUACUGCAGCUGCUGGUCUGAGCACAGCCUGUCUCCAGUCUGCCCUUUGCCAAACCUUUCCAGUACUGGCUUUACUGGGGUUGACCCAGGUGUAUAAUUAUCAUGCUUUACCCUGCUAGCCUGAGCUUUCGAAUGCUCUCAAUAUGCAGCCCAUUCGAAAUAAACAUUGUAGUGGAGUUCAAUUGGAAACACAAGGUCUUCAGGGAAGACUUUAUCAAAAACUAUUAGGGAUUUACUGUAAUUCUCACAGUAUAAAGCACAUUUUUCUGCAAUAUAUAUUUAUACAGGUUUCUAGUCAACAGGAUGCAUGUGCUGUACUAGAAACCCCAGGCUGCAUUCUAUUGUAUUUUAUAUAUUUAUGAAUCCAAAGUACAGGUCUCACACCCUUAGUUCUUUCCUAUUUAUUAUUAUUUAUUUCUUAGCAGACGCCCUUAUCCAGGACGACUUUCAAUUGUUACAAGAUAUCACAUUAUUUUUUACACAUUAUUUUUACAUACAAUCACAAAUUUAUACAGUUGGGUUUUUACUAGAGCAAUCUAGGUAAAGUACCUUGCUCAAGGGUACAGCAGCAGUUUCCCCCACCUGGGAUUGAACCCACAACCUUCCGGUCAAGAGUCCAGAGCCCUAACCACUACUCCACACUGCUGCCCAUUUGCAGUGGGUCUGGAACCAGCUUCCCAAGCAAUCUGAACCAGAACACUUAGAAGUCAAGUGGAAACAAAAUAAACCUCAUGCUGUUUCUAUUAUAUCCCUCCCUUCCUCCCUCCCGCCCUUCUUUAUAGUCCUUGUAACUCUCUUAAUAUGCACCAUCGUGCUGAAAAAAACAAAGACAAGUAUAUGCUUCUAAGUGGAUCUAUAAGGUGGUGGUCGGGACAUCAUGUCUAGUCUAGUCUGUCUGCUCCUGUUUAGUUUGUUCCAAUCUUUACAGGAUCAGCUCAGGUUGCCAGUCACAGUAAUUAGCCGCUCACGCCUGCCGAAAACAAUUAAAGCAAGAGGUGCCGGCUCAGUGCUCAUUUACAUUCUGGAGCGAGAGAGAGAGACAGCCCUCACACUCCCCCCCCUGUCGAGGAGGGUGAGAUUAUUGUGUUUCUGUGUUUGUGAAAGAAAGAGAAAGAGAGAGAGAGGCAGCCCGAAGGAAAGCGCUCUCUCUCAUUUCAAUUAAAGUAAUAUAGAACAUUGUGUCUCCUGUAUAAUUAGCAGGAGACACAGUGUGCCUUCAUUGUUGUUAUUGAAUCUAGCAGACAAACAUUUGGGCUAAUGCCUUCAUCAGUGCUAUUACUGAGGUGAAACUAGAAGAAACUAAGUCAACCAGAUAAGCGUUUCGACAAGUGCCUUCAUCAGUGUUACUGAGGUAUAGUGAAAUAUGUGACAGAAUAAUGUUUCUGCAAUAACAGAAAUACUGUACAUGGCUUGUUUCUUACAUACAAGUAAUAGAUGCAGUACACUUUUUCUCAUCGUCUCUUUCCUGCCUUCUCUCGUUCGGCACUGAACGUUUCCCUAAACCUACUUCAAGCAGUUUCCUGAGUGAAUAUUGCUCUCUAAACUGUGGUUUGGAUAUCCUGUGCUCGUGUCAUGUGUCAGAUCUAAGGGGACGGGCAGUGCUGUAGUCCAGCUGGAGUCCCCAGACCGGUGUUGCGGUGCUAUUUUUUUUAAAGGCAGCAGUGGUGUUGUCAAGCCGGAACGAUGCUACGACUAUGAUUGUGGACGCAAACACACGACACAGUGCCUACUGCAACCACACCCAGGUACAAGGCUUAUAUUAUCAGGAGACCUCCGAGUGACCUCCACAGAGCCAGUAACCAAGAACAAUAGCGACCUCGGAUCAAUACAGCAAUUUAAAGACGCAGCAACUAAUCGAUUGAUCGGUUAUUGAUCACCAUGGCUUUUAUUUUAGUCCACUGAUCGAUUAAUCGCCCUGGGGCCUUAUUUGGAGCCUCGGAUAUAUAUUACAUUACCAGCACAGGCAUGUUCUAAGUGGUAUCUUUUUAUUCUUGCAUUAUAUGUUCUCCUGGUAAAGUCUGCAUCCCCUGAUUAAUCUGGAAGGCAUCACUGUGGCUCUGGUUCACCCAGCCAGUGCAGCUCUUGUACCCCGGUGAUGAUGGCUAUUUCAAGAGCCUCAUGCUUCAGUGCUGUGAGUAGCAGGACAGAGACACUUCAGGCGUCUUCCACCGCGACCACAACCCCAGAUCUCACUCCAAUUCAGCAUGUCUGGGAUGAACUUGAACAGCGCAUUUGUCAUCACGAUCCUCUGUCUGCCUCUCUGCGCUAAAUAUUAAUGAUUGAAUGGAUCCCUCGAGGCACCUUCCAGCACCCCGUGGAGUCUAUCCUAACUGCAGAGUAGAUUUUACUGCAGUUAUUUAUAUAUAUAUAUAUAUAUAUACAUUUCUUUUAGUUUGCUGCUUUUACUUUGGCAGUACCAGUAAAUCAGAAUGAAAUUGAUAGAGCCAGCAACGGUGGGUGCACUCGCUUGGUUUCCAUGGAGACGAUGCACAGGGGUGGGGUUUACUGUCGGGAACUGCACUGACAAUAACACGUUUAUCUAUAGUAUUCAAAAAACAGCAAGAGGUGCCAGGAGUUUAAACAGUCAGGCCCCUGGUAAAUCUGCUCCGAAUGACGUGAUUCUCAUUACAGCAUGAAUGCGUCUCAUCUGUGAGUCUGCCGGUUUGCUAUUAAGAGGAGCUGCUCAAGCAGCUAUAAGGGAGGAGCAAUUUAUUUAAGAUCAACUCCUGGCUCUUGAUCAUUUCAACAAUAGACUUCAUAGAAACCCAAGACUAAAUGCAGCAGGGCUAGUGCGAGCUUCAACUAGUAAUGCACUUGUCUGUUCUCUGCUUAUACUGUGCAUUACCCUCUUGGUUAGCCAGGCUUUUUCUUUACAAGAUUUUGCUCUGGUUUCCAGUGAUUCACCAUGCUUGUCAUAAUUUACUACAUUUUCCUAGUUUUAUGCAUUACUGCAGUUAACUUUUGUAGGGGUAGUGACGUAGUAUUACCUGGUAUAAUUUCCUUAUAAUGUUAAAAAAGAAAUACAUUAUUAUUAAGAACAUAAGAACAUAAGAAAGUUUACAAACGAGAGGAGGCCAUUCAGCCCAUCUUGCUCGUUUGGUUGUUAGUAGCUUAUUGAUCCCAGAAUCUCAUCAAGCAGCUUCUUUAAGGAUCCCAGGAUGUCCGCUUCAACAGCAUUACUGGGGAGUUGGUUCCAGACCCUCACAAUUCUCUGUGUCAAAAAGUGCCUCCUAUUUUUUGAAUGCCCCUUUAUCUAAUCUCCAUUUGUGACCCCUGGUCCUUGUUUCUUUUUCCAGGUCAAAAAAGUCCCCUGGGUCGACAUUAUUAUUAUUAUUAUUAUUAUUAUUAUUAUUAUUAUUGUUAUUAUUAUUAUUGUUAUCAUUAGCAGCUGGCUUUACUGGGGUUGACCCAGGUGUCUCCCAGUAGCUGUCUCCCUCUAAUGGACCAGGAGAAGUGCCUGCAGAUAGCGGGCGGGUUACCAAGCCAUGAUGUUGAGGCUGAAUCGCUGGGAUUCCUUAAGUACCCGACUUGACAAAGUUUUGAGAUCAGCCAGCUGCUUGGAACCGGACGAGCUCUGAUGGGCUGAACGGCCUCCUCUCCUUCGGGAAUGUUUUUAUUUUCUUAUUGUAAACACACACACACACACACCGCAGCACAGCUCCUAUUGAAGUACUGACCUGGCCUGACCUGGCUGCUGUUGCUUAUAUUUCUGAGGUCUGAGCAGGUCACAAUCCAAGAAGAAGAGGAAGAAGAAGAAGAUAAUGAUCAGGCCUUAUCGCACAUCUCCGCUCAGUUUUGCUCUUGCAGAUACAGAAGAUGAUUGAAGGAUACCCUGCUCACCCUCUAGAGAGGCGAGAGGGAGGGGGGGGGGUGGGCAUUUCUUACGGCACAGCCAUGCAAUUGAGGUGGGGGGAUUGAAUGGCGGUGGACUCCAUUCCCAGUCUCUAUCUGAUCUCAGUUAGUUUUUAUUCAGCCCCCUGUUUCUCUCCUACCAGAGCUAAAUAUAAUUAGCAGUUUGCAAAUGUAGCAAGAGUCCUGCAACCUGACCCCAGCUGCCUGUCUCUCUCUCUCUCUUCUCUGGGAGGGGGGAUAGGGGGAUUCUAACUUCUCACACACACACGCACACACACACACACACAUAGUCUCUCACACUCCUAUUGCUGGACUCGGAGUGGGGCUCUGAGUUUGCCGUUGGGUACAAAAAGGCAAACUAAGAAUGGAGACUUUGGAGAAGAUCCACAGGCCGGUUUUGGGCUCGGCGGACUCCUACACCAGCCGCCCCUCUGAUUCAGACGUGUCCCUGGAGGAGGACCGCGAGGCUCUGAGGCGCGAGGCGGAGCGGCAGGCGCUGGCGCAGCUGGAGAAGGCCAAGACGAAGCCAGUGGCGUUCGCGGUGCGCACCAACGUGGGGUACAACUCCGCGCCUGGGGAUGACGUGCCAGUGCAGGGCAUGGGCAUCUCCUUCGAUGCCAAGGACUUCCUGCACAUCAAAGAGAAGUACAGCAAUGACUGGUGGAUCGGCCGGCUGGUGAAGGAGGGCUGUGAGGUCGGCUUCAUCCCGAGUCCCGUCAAACUGGAGAACACGAGACUGCUGCAGGAGCAGAGACUGAGGCAGAACCGGCUCAGCUCCAGCAAGUCUGGGGGAAACUCAAGCUCCAGCCUGGGUGAUGUUGCUACGGGAACACGCAGACCCACGCCCCCCGCCACAGGUCAUGUCGAGUUGUCUAAUGUCACGUUCGAUAUAGACGCUCUCGAUCUCGAUGCUGAGGAGCCGGGCACUGAGCCCCUGGUCAACCAGCCCAAAACCAGUGUGAGCAGCGUCACCUCCCCCCAAGCCAAUGCCAAGCGCAUUCCCUUCUUUAAGAAGAUGGAGCAAGUCCCUCCCUAUGAUGUGGUGCCUUCCAUGAGACCCAUCAUUCUAGUGGGUCCUUCCCUCAAGGGCUACGAGGUCACAGACAUGAUGCAGAAGGCUCUGUUUGACUUCCUGAAACACAGGUUUGAAGGCAGAAUAUCAAUCACUCGGGUUACAGCUGACAUCUCUCUGGCGAAGCGCUCUGUGCUCAACAACCCAAGCAAGCACACCAUCAUCGAGAGGUCCAGCACGCGCUCCAGCCUGGCGGAGGUGCAGAGUGAGAUCGAGCGGAUCUUUGAGCUGGCGCGGACCCUGCAGCUCGUGGCUCUCGAUGCUGACACUAUCAACCACCCUUCCCAGCUCGCCAAGACCUCGCUGGCACCCAUCGUGGUGUACAUCAAGAUCGCCUCUCCCAAGGUGCUGCAGAGGCUGAUCAAGUCCCGGGGGAAGUCUCAAGCCAAACACCUCAACGUGCAGAUGGUAGCAGCAGACAAGCUGGCACAGUGCCCUCCCGAGCUCUUUGACAUCAUCCUGGAUGAGAACCAGCUGGAGGACGCCUGCGAGCACCUGUCUGACUACCUGGAGGCGUUCUGGAAAGCCACGCACCCCCCGAGCAGCAACCCGCCCAACCCUCUGCUGAACCGCACCAUGGCCACCGCUGCGCUGGCCGCCAGCCCCGCCCCCGUCUCCAACCUGCAGGUCCAGGGCCCCUACCUGGUGCACGGGGAACAGCCUCGGCUCCGAGACGCGCCUCUGUCGGACCGGGCCGGGCUGCGGGAGUUCCAGCCCGACCCAGGCAAGCAGCAGCAGCCCUACCUGUGCGCUGUGAGGACCGGACGGGGGGGAGGCAGGGGGCUGUCUCGCCAGGACACCUUCGAUUCGGAGACCCAGGGCAGCCGCGACUCAGCCUAUACCGAGGCAGGGGACUUCUGCAUGGACAUAGAGACAGACCCCUACGAGGAUCCGGAGCCCUACGGGGGCACGCCCUACCGCAUCGCCCAGCAGAGACACCUCCACCUGGGCCAGCAGCAGCGCCAGGCCUCCUGGGAGGACGAGGGCGCCGAACCGGACCAGGAGAACCUGAACCGGGCCCACCUGCACAGCCAGCAGGGCCGGGUUAAGACCAGGGAGCGUCAGAGGGAGAGGGAGCGGUACUGCCAGAACCUGGAGCUGCAGGAGCCCAUGAUGGGUCGGAAUCGCAAUGAGGGGGUGGAGGAGUGGGGGAGGGAUGUGUACAUCCGCUAGGCACCCCGGUACUGGGACUGAACCCAGAGGACUUCCCCCCCCCCCCCUCGCUCCUCAGCACUGACUAAUACAGCAGUCAGGGCAGGUAGAGAGGGUGUAGGAAGGGAGUCAUAGUGCAUAGAGAAGGGGUAGGUGAGGGUAGGCAAGGAGGGAGAGAGAGAGAAUGAUUGAAAGUUCAGAACAUGUGGUGUUCAGAGAAUAACCUUUUUUCUUUUAACACAACAAAUCCUUGUAACCUGAUCCUAUCCCCGCUCCCCACCCCACUCCACCCUCCCUUCAUAGAGCCUUGCUUUCCAGAGCAAACAUGAAACAUUAUGAGGGGAAAUAUUUCAAUCAAGUUUUACAUCACACUAACUGCAAGUGAGCCUUACAAGCAUCACAGUUUACAAACCCCAGACAGCCAUGCCAUUAUUAUUAUUAUUAUUAUUAUUAUUAUUAUUAUUAUUAUUAUUAUUAUUAUUAUUAUUAUUAAUGCUGAGACUGCCACUGAAUGCUCUGCAAUGCAAUGAAGUAGGAAUCCCUUAUUUUUUUGUAUUUCCGGUCUUAUGAAGACUCCCUCCUAGGCUAAAGAAGCAUGCAGGUCCCUGAUUUUAUAUUUAGUUGUAUUUAUUUAUGUGUGUGUGAGGUAGGGAGGAGUAACAGAGAAAUCCUUUAUGUAUUGUAAACCCUCAAAAACAAUCAGCAGUGAGGUGGAGUUGCUUAGUGUCCCGUCCCACAGCUGCCAAACUCCCCAUCCCCAGUUCAGUGGGGAGGCCCAACAACUUUCACCUGACUCAGUCCUGCCCGCGUGCAGGACCUCUAUCCUGCCACAAGAGGGAAACACAAAUCCUUUUUGCUCAGAAUGGAUUUUUACUGGAUCUUGCUGUACAAGAGUUAUGUUUUUUUUCACCAAUCAGAGGUAACGCAGCUCCUAAACUCCUCCCACAACAGUUUGGAAUUGUGGGCUUUGUAGUUUUUAAAGCUCAGCUGCUACAGGACUACAGGGCUGUACCUGCAGAGCUCCCUGGUCAGAUAAAUGUACAGGGUUGCCGAGCGGGGACAGGCCUGUCCAGUGUUACUGUCAUCUGGCCUAUCUGAUUGUCUGUUGUGCUAGUGUCCCCUGAUGCUGGAUCUGUCCUUGCCUUUUGGGUCACUUUCUAAAAUGCCGACCGUGCUACAGCUCUUCAGAAAUCAAGUUCAAACCUGCACCCAAGCCGGUGUCAAGCCUUUUUAGACGAAACAAAACAGAACCACUUUGGAUUUCUACCCUCUUUGGAUACCUUAUCGUGCCGUAUUGUAACAAGUUUCUCCUUUUUAAAAAAUAAAUCUUAGUUUUUUGUGCUUUUUAAAAAAAAAAAAAAAAAAGAAGAAUUUAAAUUGAAAAAAUAAAUAAAUAAACAAAACCAGAUGUCUUUAAAAAAACAAAACCCAGCAGAGGCGGGAGGAUGAGUUUUGAGUUUGUUUGUAGUUUUUUAAAAGCCCUUUUUGAGUGCCAUUAAACACAUCGUGGAGAAACACAGGAGCCAACUUCACAGUGCCUCAGUCCCUCACAGGGUUAAAAACCGCUGUGCAGGAACAGAGAGAGGAGAGAGGGAAGAGGAGAAGUGAGGGAAGAGGAGGAGAGGGUGGGAGCGAUCAGUGCCCUUCAGUCUGAACCUCUCUCUCUCUCUGGAUACUCUCUGGACUGGACUCACAGUCUCAGACCCGCCUUGUUCAUUACAGUGGAGACGCACAAGCGCUGUCUUCAGGAGGCACGCUGAACUGAAUGUGUCCCAGGCUGAUCUACAGUGACAGCACAGUCCCGACUCAAUGUUAACAGACCCUUCAAUAUUAACGGCACCCCUCUGUUAACACCACAUUGUCUGGCCUUAGCGGAAUCGAUAAAAACAGAAGAGGAGGAGGAGGAGGAUAAGAAGUGUUAUAAUGAAAUCCCACAGCAUGGAAGGUGACAUUUACAUUGCAUAUUAUUGUGUUUAAAAACUUUAAAACGAGGGGAAAAGAAACAACGACCUAGGAACCGCAACUGUUUCUUUUUCUUUAAAAAAAAAAAAAGAUGAAUUCUUUAGGUGUUUGUUAGUUUAACGCAUUACUACCUAUACUAAGUGGGGUUCAUAUCUGUGCAACAACUUAUUUAAAAACAGUUUCUGAAUAGUCACCAAGUUUGAUACCCGAUGCAGCCCAUGUUACCCUGUUUGAUGCAAUCACAGCGAGUACCGCGGCAGUACUGUCUGUCGUCUCAGUCCAGUAACAAGACGUUUACAGCGCUCCGAGAAACAGGCUUUAAAUGAAGGGCGAGUUAAAGAGGACCAAGCUCUUUACCUCAGGAGUUACUCUUAACAGCAAAAUGAAAUACGUGAUAAUGUGGUGAUCUGAGACGGCUGGUUUCUUUAUACCUGUCGAUACGUUCUUGAAAAGUUUUCUAUACAGUAACUCCUGAGUUAAAGGCCUGAGGCACUGGAUAAUCUGGUGCCUCUUUACCUGCCUGUAUUCUUUAAGAGAAGCAGGAUUGCAAGACCUGGAGUCAUGUGGUCAUCCCGAUAAAGGAGGUCAGGUUUGAGCCUCAGUAUGAAUCUCCCUGCCCGUAUGUAGAUAUCUAGAAUUUGGUGUGAUCUACAGUUAUCUAUAUUGGAUACAUCAAUACAUACCGAUAGCAACAGUGUCUGCAUCGCCAGCUCACCACUCAACCCUUCAGAACUCGGAACUAACCAGGUCUCUGUUUUCCGACAACUUACUAAAUUAUUUUGAAAAUUGUCAUUUCAGUCUUUCCAGUCCGCUUUCCUUAAGCAUGUAGGUUUACCCACGCCCAUCGGAUAUAUAGCCAGCGUGUUUUAGUUCUGAUUAACGUGGGAUAAGUUCACACAUGAAGUGUAAAUAAUAAAUAAGUGCCUGUCCAUUGUUUCUGAGUGCAUGUUGUGGUCAGAGCAGAGCGCUCCUGUUUAAUAUUCCGAGAGCUGGUGACCUGGUCUGUUCAAGCAGCCUGGAGGAUGAGUAGCUGGGUGUGGAUCCCACCCCGCGGGGUAUCACUGAUUCCUGUUCGGUUGCUCAACCCCAUAUUCCUCAGAAUGGAAGAUGUGAUCUGAUUCCCUGUGUGUGAGAUUUGUCAGAGUGGGGUGCGUAUAUGUCCUAGUUAAUCAACCCAUAACCAAUACAAAUUCCAGUGUACCCUUCAUAAGCAAAUAGCAAAGUGUGAUCCAGGGAAAGCAUGAUUCACCAGCAGCCAGGAGCUCCCAUAGAUACUGCAGGUCAUACCUGCUGCUGCUGAAUCGACUGUGCUUUUGCACUGGAAGAUUUUGAUUUUUGUACCCAAGAAAACAAACGCCAAGCCAGCAGUACAGCUGGUGUCUUACAAGUCCCAGAUCAGUCCCAGAUCAGUGCUGGGCUGUGUGGAUUCCUCCUCUCCUCCCCCCCGGUAAAUAUACUGCACCCAGACACACAACACUCACCAUGUGAAAACAAACUUGAAUCGUGCUUGUGCUGAACAAGGGCUUAGACAGACAAACAGGGAUUGUAUUCAAACUGCAUUCAAACUACUGUAUGUAAAGUCAAAAUUCAGGGGUCACUAAUUGGGGUGUGGGUCCCCCUUCCCAGGUACCCCAGUCGGUGACCUCUGCUUUGUUUUGUAAAGGUGCAGCUGCAGCACCCCCUUUUCACGAACGCACAGACACCAUCUGCCCUCGGAAAAGGGAGGCUGCAAUUUCAGAUUCUUAUUCAGGCCUGCCAGACAGAGUGCGCACACACACACACACUCUGACAGGUGUGUGUGUGUGUGUCUCAGUGUGUGUGUGUCAGUGUGUGUGUGUCGGUGUGUGUCUCGGUGUAUGUGUCUCAGUGUGUGUGUGUGUCUCGGUGUAUGUGUCUCAGUGUGUGUGUGUCUCGGUGUGUGUCUCAGUGUGUGUGUGUCUUGGUGUGUGUGUGUCUCGGUGUGUGUGUGUCUCAGUGUGUGUGUGUCUCAGUGUGUGUCUUGGUGUGUGUGUGUCUCAGUGUGUGUGUGUCUCGGUGUAUGUGUCUCAGUGUGUGUGUGUCUUGGUGUGUGUGUGUCUCAGUGUGUGUGUGUCUCGGUGUGUGUCUCAGUGUGUGUGUGUCUUGGUGUGUGUGUGUCUCAGUGUGUGUGUGUCUCGGUGUGUGUGUGUGUGCGCUCUGCCUUGCUCUCAUAUCUCCAGUGCCAAUGUUGCCAAAGUGCCGUUCCUUUUUGCCAACUUCUACCAGGACUUUACUAAGAGCCUGAAAGAAUAGCCAGCCUUCUGGGCUAUAUAUAUAUAUAUAUACAGAUAUAGAGAGGGAUAUAUUUAUACAGUAUAUAUCACAUACAGUGGCCAAGUCAGGAUCAGGCAGGGACAUGUUCAUGGCUUUUUGCUCUGGUGCAGAAAUAUUGUGCACCGUAUUGUGUAAUGCAGGACUUGUAAGAAACCAAACCAAACCAGUAUCUUCUUUCCUCUGAUUAUCACAACAACACUGUCUCAAAGCCCCUAUCAGUGUGUAGAUCAUUCGCUUCUCCAGACCUCCUUCUCGUCUCUUUGAAUUGACCCCUCAAGGCAGUGGGUCUGUAGAUAAGCAGGGUACCCAGCCUGGCAAACCUGAAUCAGGGACUUGAGAGAAAGCAAUUGAGCUAAUGAGAGGCAAGAAAAUGGUGGUGAUGUUGUUUUUAAUGGAUCUAAUUUAAGAGAAUUAGAUUUAUGAGUUGUUUAUUUAAAGUGUAUUAUUAUUAAUAUUGUUGUUGUUGUUAUUUUGAGAUUGUAUUAUUAUUUGGGAAAAAUUAUUAUUUCCAUAGAUACCCUUGUGCUUAAUUUAAACUACUCAAGUUCUACAAAAUUAUUAUUUGGGGAAAAAAUACUUCAUAAUCAUGUGGGAAGCAAAAAGCUUUGGUGUCGUUUCUCCCGGGUCUGCUUUCACCUCUGAGCCUCCCUUUCCUUUAAUUACUGCUGAAAUAACCCUCCUGAGGUUCUGACUUUGACCCAGAAGAGACACUGCCAGCAGAUCAACCGAUUUGACUCAGAAAAAGAAAGAAAGAAAUACUCGGCUCUCAAAUACACUAGGACCCUGUUUUACAUGUAAUCUCAUCAGUGUUUUACAAGACCUGUGACUUUGUAUAAUUGUUUGGUGUAAAGUACCGAGAAGUGUAAACAAUCACAUAUAUAUAAAAUAUUUAAGGAAUUUAUUUAAAUGAAGAAAAAAAAGAUUUUUUUGAUGCUGUUUUUUUUUUUUUUCUCUGGGAAUGUUGGAAAACUUGCUUCAGUGUUUGUACAAUAUUUCUAAUUUAUUGAGAUGGUGACUGUAUUAAAGCUGGAAGCUGCUCUGAGCUCCGUUAUAUUAAA